AUGGACCCGAACGAACCGACGCACUUGAACGUUCUGAUCGCAGGGACUGGACUGCACGAGUCCAUCCUCGCAGCCGCACUCUCGAAAGCGGGCUACUCUGUCCUCCAGCUCGACUCGGCGCCCUACUACGGCACAGCACACGCUUCCCUCUCCCUCCUCGAGCUCCACGACUGGGCCUCGUCGACACCCGGUGCCGAACCCUCCUCUCCUUCUCCUCCAGCGGACCUCUCGAAACUCUCGCAACGCUUCGCCCUCUCGCUCUGCCCCAUCCUCCUACGCGCAAAAGGCCCAGGCCUUGACCUCCUCGUGCGAAGCAAAGUCGCCUCGUACCUCCAGUUCGGAUUGCUCGGCGGUGUCGGGCUCUGGCAGGAUGCGGAACGGGGAGUUGCGCGUGUGCCGGCGAGCAAGGCGGACGUAUUCAAUGACUCGACGCUGUCGCUUGUGGAGAAGAGAAGGUUGACGAAGCUGCUGUUGUUUGCGGCGGGAGACGAGCCGUUCGAGGAGGACAAGGUCAUCGUCGAGAACCCCGACAUCUCUUUCCUUGACUACCUCAAGAAGGCCUACUCGCUAACAGGCACCGCCGCCUCGUCCCUCGCCUACGCACUCGCGCUGUGCUCCUCUCCCUCGGACCCGGCACUCCCCGCCCUACACCGGAUACGCAGCAUUAUCCACGCCGUCGGACGAUACGGCCCCUCGCCGUUCCUCGUCGGCCACUACGGCGGCGCAGGCGACCUAGUCGGCGGCUUCUCGCGGAUCUGCGCCGUCUGGGGUGGAGGACAGAUUCUCGGUCGCCCGCUAGGCCCGCUCAACCCCUCCGCCUCGCGCGGUAUACCCGUCCCAGCCUCUCAGCCUCCCUUCCGGACAAUCGACCAACCUCCUCCUCCUCCUUCCUCGUCCUCCUCCUCCGACACCAGCACCGCACUAGGCAUCCCCGUCCAUCUCGCCGACGAAGCCGACGCCGAACCCACAACUUUUACCGCAGAUUGGGUAGUCUGCUCACCCUACCUCUUCUCGACACUGUUCCCUGCUCACUCUCUCCCCGCAAGUCUCGCCCCCGAUGCACCUCGGAGCGUGAGGAUGAUCGCGAUCCUUUCGCGUGCUGUGUCGUUUCCUCGUCCUCCCACUUCCACCGACUCGACUACGGCAGCGGAGGAGGAGGAAGACGAAGACGCUCUCCCCGACUCUCAGUUGUUCGUCUUCCCGCCCGGCUCGAAAGCGCACGCGGAAGGCGAGCGAGUAAAUAUGGGGACCGUGACGGCGUUGCAAACGGGAAAGGGGACGAUGAGUUGUCCGGAAGGCUACCACGUCCUUACACUCUCUGCGCCCAUUCUUGCGCCGAUGCCUUCGCCUGCACCGUCCGCUUCCAACCUCGUGAAGCCGUACCUCGACGCGCUCCUCGCCCUCCCCUCUACCUCAACCUGUCACGCAACUCCCGCCACCGCUGAACCGGACUCGACGAGGCAGGAGCCGCUCUACUCCGUCUCUUACUUCUCCCCACCCCUGCCCUCUCCCUCACCUCACCCCGCGGCAGCGAAGGAGGCGGACCUCCCACCCAACUUCCUCCUUACCCCCUCCUCCCCUCCCUCCUCCCCCUCCUCCACUGCGUCGCUGAUAGAGCUACUCGACACCCUCCCAGCCCAAGUCGAGGAAAGUUUCUGGAAGAUUGUUGGGGAGGAGGGGAGGGAAGAGGGGGUUGCGUUCUUUGCGCGCUCUGACGAGCAAGGGGAGGAGGACGAGUAG